AUGAAUUCCAACGCAAACUUUUGCUCACUCAAUUCCAACAAUACAUCUUGCCCCAACUGUUUCUACGGACCUAAGUGUCAAUUUACGACGGCAUAUUAUGGUAUAACAUCGUUACAAAUUCUUUUUUGUUCCAUCGAAUCUGUUUCCAAGAGUCUUAUUCUCAGUGUAUUUGUCAUCGGUAGUGUCUGUAAUUUGUUUUCUAUUGUUACGUUCUGCCAACCAAAUACACGGGAAAUGGGAAGUGGAAUCUAUCGUUUAUGGAUAUCGAUUGUCGGUCAAAUUGGUUUAGUUAUUGUUGUUAGUCAUUUACUUCUCGCGAAUAACAGAAAAAUCGGUUGUGUUCUUCUGGAAUAUCUUCGGAAGGCUGUUCACGCUGCAUAUGAUUCGUUAACAGCGUGUACGACAUUAGAACGAACGAUGGUUAUUUAUCAAGGAAUUACAUUUAAUAAAAUCGCAGUAUUCUUUAUGAGCCAUUUAUCCGUCAGUGUGAGAAAUAUGCUUCAUUUCACCAUUCCUUAUAUAAUCAAUUUCGUUUCACCGAUCAUCUGGAUACUCACGUUAACAAAACAGAAAGUAACAUUAUAUCAAAAUGCAACAGUCUGGGCUAAUUUUAAAAAUGUCUUACAUACUUACAAACAUACUAUUAUCAGUUGUUAUAUUCUCGUUCUCUUCAAUACCCCACGAUUCAUCUUUAUAUUCUCAUUGACAUGUAUCAAGUUUCAAUGGCAAAACACGGCCUAUAUAACAGCAUACUUUCUCUCAUUAGUUCCAUUAAUGGGAAAUUUGUUUAUAUUUGUCAUACCAUCACCAAAAUACCGUCCAGUGUUUCUUGGUCUUCUUCAAAAUCUGAUGAAAUAUAGAUAUCGAAACGAUUAUGAUCGAGCUUGA